AUGUUUAAAAAGAAAUAUAUGAAAUAUUUCGUUAAAUCAAGCUGUGUAAUAUUUAUUUUUAUAUGGCUUUUAGUUGCUUCAAGUUUUGUUUUGUCCAAUAAGCCAACAGAUUUCUCAACAUCAUCUGUUGGUUACUUUCCUCAAUCAGUUCGGAUUCCUAAUAGUAUUUAUCGUUUAUCAGAAUUGAUUGCAAAUCAUAAUCUCAAUAUACCAGUGAUUCCAACUGAAAUAAUUGAUCCAUAUUUAAAAGUCUUAAGUGUACGUGUAAGUCGAUUGCGUUCAAGUGGUUCAGCAACCUUCAUUAUUACAAAACAACAGGAAAUAUUAAAUUUAAAUUUUUGGUGUUUAUUUGAUGAUCACUCGAUUACUCCAGCAUAUACAUUUAAUGUUCAAAAAUCUAAAAACUCGAUUUUCUUUUAUGAAUGUUCACUUCCAGAUUCAAUAAUUCAACGUUUAUGGUAUAAUCGAACGAUAGAUCAAGAAAUAAAAAUUUAUCUUUCUACAUCAAGAAAAAUACUUUUUCAAGGUUUUCUUGAUAUUCCAUGGUCAAAUUGGGCAGAAGAAAAUGAACAAUCAUUAACAUUAUGUACUCUCUUAUUAUACAAUGAUUUAACAUAUUUUACUCAAUGGAUUGAAUAUCAUCGUUUAGUUGGUAUUAGUAAAUUUGUUGUGUAUAAUAUUUCAAAUACAAAUAAUCAAUAUUAUUCUACGAUUAAUUUGUAUGAAGAAGAGUAUCCUAGUCUAAUUGAUAUUAUUCAAUGGGAUGAUUCUAUUGAUGAAAUUCAAUAUGAUUGUUUUUUACGUUAUGGAGAUAUAUCAGAAUGGAUAACAGUUAUUAAUAUAAAUGAAUAUUUAAUUCCACAAAAUCCUUAUGAUACUCUUCCAAGAUUAUUAACCGAACAAUAUGGUAGAAAUUUACAAGCUUCUGUUAUGUUAGAAAAUCAAGAAUUUUGUUCUAAUACUCAAUAUCAAUUCACAAAAAAUGAAAUCAUAAUCGAGCAUUAUAUCUUACGACAUACAAUUUCAAAUCAUUCAGUCAAAUAUUUGUAUCAACCUCGUGCUAUUGACUAUUUAUCAAUCCAUCGCGAUAGUAUAGAAACAAUGUCCGAUGAUCAAAUAAAGAAAACUAUUGCACUUGCACAAUAUCCCACUAUAUCCCAUGACAAGCCAUUUUCAAACUGUGUAUUAGAUAAAUCCAUAGUAGAUACAACGAUCCGAGACCGAUUUGCUAAACAUUUAUUUGAUGAAAUCGUAAAACGGUAA